UUCAAACAUCUUUGGCCUGAAAGUGACAGUAUUAUAGCUGAAGAUAGGAUUCUGCUGCAACAUAGUAUGACGUAUAGCAGACAAUUCUUGCAAAUUUCUGUCGAUAAAUUGAGUUAACGCAUUGGUGUAGUCAGACAUUUUCACCACAACCUUACAAGAUUUGCCACCAUAUCAAGACUGUUUCAGCGCAGUUAAGAAAUUACAUACGGUCGGCGUCCCGUAUUGCAAAUAUUAAAUGCAUCUUUCAGACUUCGGCAGUAAUGAAAACAUGUUCGAUUUAAGGGAAAUCAGAAAAAAUUGCUUUUAGUACAGCAUUGUUGUAUAUUUGCUACCUACGUAACGAAGUAAACACGGGCACCUAGAUGGUAAAUUGUAGUUUAAAGUCGGGGUGUGCCCUAGAGCAAUGUUAUUGAAGUCAGCUUCGUGCACUUUCCUUCGCCACAGGCCUGUUGCGAAACAUACAUACAAAACGUUUGAGCAGUUACUGUUGAAUAAGCAUGGAUGUCAUGGUAGGAGCUUUUUUAGUAGGAACUCACCAUCUGCAAAUAAUUGUUGCGGCAUUAAAUGUAUACAGAACCAUAUCAUUCCUAAACAAGAUGGGUGUUUCAAAUGGAAAUUUAACGCCCUGUGUUGGCAGUUCUUGUCAACUGAUUCUACAACUAGAGGUGAAACUGUCUCUAAUGCACAGGCAGAAUUGGACACCCAUAAUAUAGGGAAAGAUGAAGGAAAAAAGAACACUGCAGAAGCAAUUAAGGACGCAAUUGCAAAUAAAGUGAAGAAACGACAGCGUGUAGAUGUUACUGCAACGUCAGUAGAACGGAACUUCAUAACGCCUGUCAGAGCAAUGGCAGAUUUCCUUUUGAAACCAUCCGAUCUUGAGGGUCUGCGAAAGACAAAACGGAGAUCACCAUAUGAGAAUGAACCUCCAAUUACUGUUUAUUGGAGGAAAGAUGUAGAGGCAAAAGCACUGGAAGUUUGGGGAUCAAAGGAACAGCUUCUACAUGAACUUAUGAUCCGAGAAAAUGAAAGGAAAAGAUAUCAGCAAAAUAUCUUCAAUGUGAAGAGACGCCUCCGUGACUACAGACGUGAACAAGGGGCACAGACCAGGCAAGAAGCUCAGGAAGCGGGGCUGUUUGGAUCAUCGGGACGUGUCGUCAUUACUGCUAUCAUUAUAAAUGGAACCAACUUUAUUCUCAAACUCUGUGCUUGGAUGUACACAGGGUCUCACAGCAUGUUUUCAGAAAGCAUUCACUCCCUAGCUGACACUAUUAAUCAGUUGAUAUUAGCAUAUGGGAUACACAAAUCUGUGCAGAGUGCAAAUCUUGAACAUCCAUAUGGCUAUAGCAACAUGAAGUAUGUGGCUUCAUUGAUAUCUGGAGUGGGUAUCUUCUGUGUAGGCACGGGCCUUUCUCUGUAUCACGGCAUUGUUGGCCUACUGCAUCCAGAACCUGUGCAGUCUCUAUAUUGGGCCUUCUUUAUACUUGGUGGUUCAUUAAUAUCUGAAGGAGCAACUUUACUGGUAGCUGUGCAGUCCCUCAGAAGAGGAGCCAAGAAAAAUAAUUUGCAGUUUUGGGAGUAUGUGUUCCGCGGGCAAGACCCCAGUGUUAACGUAGUGCUGAUGGAAGACUUAGCUGCAGUCCUCGGCGUCGGUGUGGCCGGAGCCUGCAUGGGACUGUCUGUGCUCUACAACAGUCCCAUCCCUGAUGCCGUGGGCUCCCUCUUAGUCGGUGGAAUUCUGGGUGGUGUUGCAUCGUUUCUUAUUUACAGCAAUGUGGCUGCUUUGGUUGGAAGAUCCAUACCCCAGGAGAGACUGGAUGUAAUCAAUGCAGAGCUGGAAUCAGAUGUUAUGGUUAGAGCUAUUCAUGAUGUAAAAGGAAUCGACAUAGGAAAUUUCCUAGUGAGGUACAAAGCUGAACUAGAUUUUGAUGGAAGGGAAUUGACAAGAAGCUAUCUGGACAAGCAAGACUUGAAUGCACUGCUAGAGGAAGUGAAAGAAAUGAAAAAUAUUGAUGAGUUAGAGAACUUUCUACUCAAACAUGGUGAAAACAUUGUAGAUAUGAUGGGUGGAGAGAUAGAUAGGAUUGAAAUGAAACUUCGUGAAAAACACCCGGAAAUACGGCACUGUGACCUGGAAGUUCUAUGAGCUUCUGAGGAUGUGUACUUCAUCCAUACUGUCUGGCUGCAAAGAUGUGUGACAAUGGUGGAUGGUUACUUUUGCAGAUUGAAUAGCUACAUUACAGGAGAUCGUUGAGAUGCUUAGAAGUAUUUAUUUUGUGUAUGGAAGAGGGAAUGUAAAUGUAGACUCAGUGAGCUGCUUUUAAUGGAACACACAAGUUUCUUAUAGAUACUAUGACUUUCAGCAGCAUUUACCAUUCAUCCAAGGAGAUCCAGUGGUGGUGUGCUGUAAAAUCACAUCCAUUGUUUGACUCAUGUUGCAGAUAACUUACUGUUAUUUUUGUUGAACUUGAUCUUACACAGAGGUAAUUUAGUGAAACUCCUAGUGGUCUUGUCAUGACUGAAAGAUUGAAACUAGAAAGGUGAAAUUCUUGACCCAUAGGCAUACAGUGUUUGCGAAAAGCUGACAUCUCACAAAGAUGUGAAAUGACAUUUCACUGUAGUCAAAACAAUUUCCACUCUAUAUUAUUCAACUGUAUGGUGAUAUAUACUCUGUGAACAUAGUAGUAUUGCGAUACGAAGUUCAGUCAGACUGAGUCUCAGCAGCUUUUCAGCUUGUUAUCUCCAUUAGACAGCUAUAAUUUAAAAGCUAAAUAUAUGACUGAUAAAAUUAUAGCCAUACAUAUUUUGUUGGAGAGUUUGAGGGACUGAAAUGUGUUAUGCAGGUCUUCACAUUUCCAACUUUAUUUAAAAAUAUGUGCCUGGAAGAUCUAAAUAAGAUAUGUUUCUGAUUUAAAAGACUUACUGCAAGUUCCUGUUGGUUCGGAAAUGUUCUGGAUAGCAGAUGAAAAGAUGAUGUGCAAAAAGUGACUAGGUGAUGUUAACAGGGCAUUUCUAAAAUAUGUGCAUUUGAAGCAGAAAUAAAUUAAAUGUAGCUUACUUAAAUGACCUCUCUCUAUACAGGUGUAGAUUCAAAUAUUUUGAAGCAAUAACUAGAAGAUGACUCGGGAUGCCCUAACAUUUCUGAUAGCUUAGACAUAAUCAUUUCUAAAAUGUUCACAUAUCUCGGAAGUUAAAAUCAUUUCUGACAGUGACACAUGUACAUUUUAAAAUCUGAAUAGAAAUGAUUCUCAGUAACAUUUGCGAUUCUUAUAAAGGUUGCUGUAUUACUGUAUGUUUUACUUGCCGUAACAUUUUCAGAAAAUAUUUUAAUUGUUCAGUAUUGUUACUUAUUGUCGAUGUCAGUUAUGUGAAUACCAAAGCUUCUUUAUGGUGAUUAAAGCAUUGAAAUCUUUUUAUAUAUAUAUGUAUGUCUCAGUUUUCAUAGUAACCUUUUAAUUUUCAAAUAAAUUGCUGUAGUGCAGAGAGUGGGUUUGAGAGAGUGAGUCAGAAAUCUUGCUUAUUAUUUCAUUCAAACUUUGAUACUUUAACUGAAUAUGAUACGUAUGGACCAUUAAUACUUGUUGUUCAUUGUUUGGAGGAAAGAGUGAAAUAUGAAACUACUUCUCCAAGUGGCUCAAGUUAACUGAUUGCUUUUUGAACAUACCCGCGAUUAAUGUGCGUGCUGUUUUGCAAUGUUUAGUAGACAGGUAUAUGGUGUUAGUUGAUAUGAAUUAAA